AUGGCCAGAGCUGCACUUUCAAGGAGCUCCGGUUCCCGAUACGCCAUCAGAGCCCUCUCUAACACCAAAUUGCACAACGCUACCAUGUCAGCUACUUCCAGACCUACUCCUCUGCCAGCAUUCAAUGCUGCAGACAUCAGACAGCCACAAUCUUACCCUACCCAGCGCAAAAAGAACGACUUUGUCAUGGACGACUCCUUCAUCGGGCUUACUGGAGGUGAAAUCUUCCACGAAAUGAUGCUCAGGCACAACGUCGAUACCGUUUUCGGCUACGCUGGUGGUGCCAUCUUGCCAGUCUUCGAUGCCAUCUACAACUCAGACAAGUUCAAAUUUGUUCUUCCCAGACACGAGCAGGGUGCUGGCCAUAUGGCUGAAGGUUACGCCCGUGCCACCGGCAAGCCUGGUGUUGUCCUUGUGACUUCUGGACCGGGUGCUACCAACGUCAUCACGCCAUUGGCUGAUGCUCUCAUGGACGGUGUUCCAUUGGUUGUAUUCACAGGUCAAGUACCUACCACUGCCAUUGGUACUGAUGCCUUCCAGGAAGCCGAUGUCGUUGGUAUCUCGCGUAGUUGUACCAAAUGGAACGUUAUGGUCAAGAAUGUUGCUGAGUUGCCCAGAAGAAUCAACGAGGCCUUCGAGAUUGCUACUUCUGGAAGACCAGGUCCUGUCUUGGUCGAUUUGCCAAAGGACGUUACUGCUGCUAUCUUGAGAGAAGCCAUUCCCAUCAACUCGACCUUACCUUCUAAUGCUCUUCAGCAGAUUACUAAGGAGGCCCAAAACGAGUUCACCAUGGGUGCCAUUGCUCGUUCGGCCAACUUGUUGAACGUAGCCAAGAAGCCAAUCAUCUACGCCGGUGCCGGUGUUCUCAACCACGAGGAUGGUCCCAAGUUGUUGAAGGAGUUGUCUGACAAGGCCAACAUUCCCGUCACGACCACCUUACAAGGUCUUGGAGCCUUUGACCAAAGAGACCCUAAGUCCUUGGACAUGUUGGGAAUGCACGGACACGCUGCUGCCAACACUGCCAUGCAAGAUGCCGAUUGUAUAAUUGCUCUUGGUGCCAGAUUUGACGACAGAGUCACUGGUAAUAUCAACAAGUUCGCCCCAGAAGCUAAACUCGCUGCUUCGGAAGGCAGAGGUGGUAUCAUCCACUUUGAAAUUUCUCCCAAGAACAUCAACAAGGUCGUAGAAGCCACAGAAGCUGUGGAAGGAGACCUCACUGCUAACUUGCGUUCUUUCAUUCCAUUGGUUAAGCCUGUGGCUGAAAGACCACAAUGGUUGGGUAAAAUCAACGAAUGGAAAGAGAAGUACCCAUAUGCCUACCAGCUUGAGACUCCAGGCUCUUUAAUCAAGCCCCAGACCUUGAUCAAAGAAAUCUCUGAACAGUCUUCUACUUACAACAAGGAAGUCAUCGUCACCACCGGUGUCGGCCAGCAUCAGAUGUGGGCAGCCCAACAUUUCACAUGGACCAAACCUAGAACCAUGAUCACAUCUGGUGGUUUGGGAACCAUGGGUUAUGGAUUGCCUGCUGCCAUUGGUGCCCAAAUCGGUAAACCCGAUGCCAUUGUCAUCGAUAUUGAUGGAGAUGCCUCGUUCAACAUGACUCUUACCGAAUUGUCUUCAGCUGUGCAAGCUGGAGCUCCGGUCAAGGUCUGUGUCUUGAACAACGAAGAACAGGGUAUGGUGACACAAUGGCAGUCUCUUUUCUACGAACACAGAUACUCUCACACCCACCAAAGCAACCCAGACUUCAUGAAGUUGGCUGAUGCCAUGGGAGUGCAAGGAAUCAGAAUUUCCACACAGGAAGAGUUAAAGAGCGGAGUGAAAGCCUUCUUGGAUGCUAAGGGCCCUGUUUUGUUGGAAGUCAUUGUCGAAAAGAAGGUGCCAGUCUUGCCUAUGGUGCCAGCUGGAAGUGCAUUAGACGACUUCAUCCUCUGGGACGCUGAAACCGAAAAACAGCAAAAGGAAUUGAGAAAUGAAAGAACUGGUGGAAAGCAUUAA